AUGGCUUCGUCUCGUUCACUGGGACUAGAAGCAGACUGUGCGCUCUCGCUGGGUCCCAUGUGGCAAUCACAAGACAGGCUUGAGAGAAGUCCAGACUCAUCUGCGAGACAACACUCGAACGACGGCCUACCACCUUCUAAAAAACGGGCUCGAGAAGAUGGUGCUAGCGAGAGAGAAAUUACCUUUAGCAAAGCCACCAGGGAGAAGUUGCGACGCGAUAGAUUAAACGACAGAUUUCAAGAACUUGCAAGGGAGCUUGGUCCGUCGGCAACCGUCAAGGUGGAUAAGGCGGUCCUCCUGACGGAAGCUGUCCGGCUGCUUGUCCGUUUGAGAGCUGAAGCCGCAAGCCUGUUGACGAGUAACCAGCAGCUUCAGGAUCAAAUCAAGGAGCUCAAGGUUGAGAAAUCUGAGCUGAGAGAAGAGAAAUCUCGCCUGAAAGCUGAGCGGGAUCGUCUGCGGUUGCACCUCGAUGAACUCACAGCUCCCACCAGGACCAACGGAAUCUUAGGCCAGUCGUCAGCUACAGUUUUGCAGCCGCAAACAGCGUCGCACGCGUCAUACCCCGCACACCAAACGCCUGUCAAGGUUGAAGCUGUGCGGUUGCCUCACCACCAGCACCUGACUAUGUGGCAAUUCCUCCCAUCCGGCGUGGCUGAUGCAUCUGCAGAUCGGUUUUUGACGCCUCCUGUGGCGUAA